CACCAGAGGGGACAUGCAUAGAGUGCAUGACUCACACCAAACAAAGAACAUUGAAACUAUUACCAAAAAGGAAAAGUUCGUUUGUGAUUUUUUUUUUACACCUGUAUAUUAUCUUAAGGAGUUACUUGUUUGUAACGGCAUUUAAUAAAACGUCUGUUCAGUGGAUGAUCAAUUAAAAUGCAGUGGACUCCAGAGGCAGCUCGUGCGUGCAGCGGGUGGACGUAGCGCGCGUGGCGGUGUUCUGAUGCGCGCGCAGCGGCUCCGGCUCACUCUCCGCCCGCUAGACAUGAAGAGAUUCAUCGGUGUGUCGCAGCUGGCCGCCUUCCUGCUCUACUUCCCUCUUGUACAGGUUUCUACCAUUCUGGGCAAUUCCCACUCCAAAGUGAUGCUGUUCCCGGAGGCCUGGAGCCGCAGUCUGUGUCACUCCACGGAGCGGAUGGUGGAGGUGGAACAGGAGUAUCCCGGAGGCGUGGAGCACAUGUUCAGUCCCGGCUGCGUCCCGCUGCUGCGCUGCUCCGGCUGCUGCAAUGAUGAGAAACUAGCCUGCGUCCCUAUCCGCACGCGCAACAUCACCAUUCAGCUGUUGAGAAUCACUCCAGCGGAGAGGAGCAGGGAAUAUGUGCUGCUGUCCUUUCAGGAACACCAGACCUGUGAGUGCAGACGCAGACGACACCACUUGAGAAAUCAACACAACCAGCGACGGAAGGGUAAACGCAGGAGGAGACGGAGAGGGAGGGAAGACAGGGAUUGAGACGCUGCCAGUGUCAGAUGUGACAAUCACUAUGGCUCCUUCAUCAUCAUCAUCAUCAUCAUCAUCACAAGCACUUCUGGACAUUAGGGCUGGCGGUUUGCAGUUUGACACAUAUAACGAUCAAGAGUCAUUUUUGUUUAUUAUAUAUUGCAGUGACUAUAAUGAGUUGAUCUGACACAUCAUCUAUUUACAGGUAUGUUUGGACUUUCAUUGAGAAAUGGGUGUAACAAUAAACAAUAAAGCUGCUCAGGCGUUAUCAGGGAAUACACACGUGAGCAAAUGUAAAAUACUGGACCUUGGUGUUGCUCAUGAUUUCAAAAGUCUGGUUUCUUUAUAAUAAAAUUGUUUUUUAAAAAAAGGCAAUUGGGUCAGUCCUACUAUUUCUAUACAGUGCAUGUUCAUGUCCCCAUCAUAUGUGUCUUAAUAUAUUUUAUAAAACAAAAAACUCACAAUAUUUAAAGAAAUAAAUCAGAUUUGUUUUAUCAGAAUGGAGUGAGUGAUUUUUGUUUGUUGUGUCUCCAGGUGCUGCACAAUAUGGAAGCCCAUUUCUGACAUAUACUGCGUCCGAAAUCGAAUACUUCUCUACUAUAUAGUACAUGAAAAACAGUAUGAGAACAGAGCAAUAUGUCUGAAUUCAUAGUAUUCGAAAAACAGUAGGCGAAAAGUAUCCGGAUAACUUGCUACUUCCGGUGAGAUUCUGAAGUGUGCAUACAACACUUUACUAUCCCAUGAGGCCAUGGGAGAGGAUUUGUGAAUGGAGUUGAAGGGACGUAACUGAUGCUGGUAGGUCAUGUGACAGUAACAACAUGGCGGAUGUAGUACGUCCGAAUUAGAUGUGCCAAUAUUUGAUAAUGCGAUAUAUCGUGAUAAUGA